UAGUUUUAUUUAUUUUUGCCUAAAGUGGCGCAUAAACAUAGUGUACGGGGCGCUGUACUUAUUCUCUAAGUUCUAUGGAAUGAUAAAGGGGCGCAAAUUUCCGGUCAAAAAUAUUGCACGGAACGGUAUACAUGUGCUCCAAGUUCUUUGGAAUGAAUCUGCACCUUACACGCUUGGAACAAAUGAGUAACAGAAAGCAGGAGUUCAAAGGGCGGCCAUUAAUGAAGUGAAGCAAAGCAUUCUCUGAGGAUUCGAACGACUGAUCCAGCGGAAUGACAUCAGAAGCGCAGCAAAAGCAGAGCCAAGGCAUGAAACCCUACAAGCUGAAAUACACUCUAACAGGCCACAAGCGUGCGAUAUCGAGCGUUAAGUUCUCGGAAGACGGUAAAUACUUAGCCAGCUCUUCGGCGGACAAAACCGUUAGAGUAUGGUCUGCCAUUGACGGGAGCUUUUUAACGGAGCUCGUCGGGCACACAGAGGGCGUUUCGGACUUGGCAUGGUCGGGAGAUUCAUCUUACAUUUGCACUGCCUCUGACGACAAAACCCUAAAAAUAUUCGAUGCGCACAAGGCGGGAGAGUGCAUUAAAACCCUUAAAGGCCACACAAAUUACGUUUUUUGUGUUAGCUUUAACCCGCAGUCAAAUUUAUUGGUGUCAGGGUCAUUCGACGAGACCGUCAGAAUAUGGGACGUCAAGACGGGGAAAUGCUUGAAGGUUUUGCCGGCGCACUCCGACCCCGUCACGGCUGUCAAUUUUAACCGCCAAGGAGGGUUGAUUGUGUCGAGCAGUUAUGAUGGGCUGUGCAGGAUUUGGGACUCUGCAACGGGGCACUGCUUGAAGACGUUGAUUGAUGAGGAUAAUCCGCCGGUUUCCUUUGUUAAAUUCGCGCCGAAUGGCGAGUUCAUUCUCGCCGGAACACUCGACGAUACACUGUUUUCAGCUCUCAAAUGCGAUUGGGUGUGCUUUUUGGGUGAGGACUGCAUCAAUACCUUCUCCAAAUGCAUCACAUUGAACAACAAAAGAGGCUCUGGAAUUUCUCAACUGGGAAGUUUUUGAAAACAUACAAAGGUCACACCAACAAGAAAUUCUGUAUAUCCUCCACUUUUUCUGUAACAAAUGGAAAAUAUGUUGUAAGUGGGUCAGAGGACAAUUGUGUGUAUAUGUGGGAUCUUCAAACAAGAAAUAUAGUUCAAAAGUUGGAAGGCCAUACCGAUACUGUUAUUUCAGUAUCCUGUCAUCCAACAGAAAACAAAAUUGCUUCUGGUGCAUUGGAAAAUGAUAAGACUGUAAAGGUUUGGGUUCAAGACAACUAAAAAGAAUUCUUAUGGUGUCGAUUGUGUUAAUUGUGUGACUUUUACAUCUUCUGUAGGCAUGUAUUUUAAGCGGUUCAGAGGAAAAUUGUGUAUAUUCUUGUCCAGGAGAGAGAAGGUGUUAUUUUGAAGUUGCAUUCAUGCUAUGUUUUCCUCCUGUUUAUUAAUAUCGACUAGAACUUAUUAUUACUUUGUGCCAUUUCUUUAGAAAAUCAAAUUUCCAAUAUUGUUGCA